AUGGCGGCCGCCCUAAACGGUUUUCGGAAGCUAUGUGUUGGUGGCUUGCGGUCUCAAACAAGGCUUUUGCCGCGGGUAUGUAACGCAAGUAUUCUCGAAUUUCUUGAAGAAUCCUCAAAUUGUUAUUAAUCGUUGUUUUACGUGCAGGUGUUGGGUGUAAAUGGCUGUCAGCAUCAGCAGAACAGAAAUCUGUCGCUACAUGAACACUACAGCAUGAAACUACUUCAGGAGGCAGGAAUUCUUAUACCUCAGGGUGGUGUGGCUAGGACACCUGAACAAGCUUAUGAAAUAGCGACUACUUUGGGUACGUAAUGCGCGAAUAUGAGGGUAUAUUGUGUCUUUUACAGCGAAUAAUUUCACUAGUACAAUAUACACACAUCGUUCACUUUGUUUUUAUUGGUGUCUACAAUUUAAAAACAGUCGAAUGCUACUUGUAUGCUACUGUUAAACUCGGUGUAGGUAGUGUACAGAUGUCUUAGCUAAAAAAAGCUAUCAAAUGACAGAUCUGAAUCACAGAGACAAAUAAUUAUUAUCAUAAACUCUUAGAAUAAUACAGCUCUUGGUACGGAUAUUCACAAAUAACUGCGAUCAUUUUUUCAUAAAAAAAUGUUAAAAUUUAAAAACGUAUGAAGAAAAAGUCAAAUAGGAAAUGAUUAGCGUUUAGAUUUCCUCCAUAUUAUCUCACCAGUUCUAGAACAUAUGCUCCAAAAACUUUGUGGAUCAUAAGUUAAUUUCCAGAACCCACAAUUGUGGAGGCUCAGUUGAGUCAUGUUUACAUUGAUGUUUAAUCCUUUUACUCCCAAGAUCAAAAAAGUCUAUUCUUCACACUAUGUGCCACAGAUUUCCCAUAAUUUCAGUCUUGAGAAUUAAGUGUUCAAUCAAACAACAUCAUUUAGUUGAUAUUAUUACACAUGGACUAUGCUAAGCAUUGGAACAAGUAAUGUAGGGAUUCAAUUUUCAAAUUUUGAAGUGUAGCCUUGGGAGUCUUAGGGAGGGGUGCUUCUUAUUAAUGAUAGCUGAACAAUUGGCACAGACCUUUAAGGGAAUGACAUCCAAUUAUAUGGUGGCAUGUGCCACAGAAUGGUAGGAUUUGUAUGGGUUCUGGGAGAACAGGAAAGUCCUGGAGUUUUAUUUUGACGUGUUCUAGGACUGGAAAGUCCUGAAAAAAGACUUCAGGUCCUAGAUAGUCUUGGAAAUUAGCCUAAAUCAAGCAAUAAAGUUUUCAAAAUCCACAAUAUGUACAUUUUAAGAAAUUUACUAUAUGUAGACUAUAAAUAGAAUUGAUUUAAAAAAAGAAAGAUUUUUAAAAAUUUUUUUAAAUUAAUCUAGGAACGGAAGAGUUUAAGGUGAAAUUUGGAGUCCUGAAAAAAUCGCUCUGAGUCGUGGACAAGUCCUUAGAAUUUGUUUCUGAAAAAGGUUACGAACCCUGUUAAUCAGAAUUUAAACCACUGAUGAUUCCCUGCUAAGAAUUUAAUCUUUUUUUAGGAGGGUGGGAAUUACAUAUUUAGUUUAUUUUGUAACCUUAAGUGCGACCCAACAGAGAAAAUAAUUAUAGUCUGAACAGUGUAUCCACAAGUUCAACAAUUUAAAGUGUCCCUUUGAUGUGUUCUUUUUGUUGCCUUCUGCAUGAAAACAUACUGAUAUUGUUAGGAGAUAUGCUGUUUUGGUGAACUACUGGGAGUUGAAAGGUUAAAAUUACCCUUGCUGGUGGAGAUUUAGUAACAUUUUAUGUAAUAAUGAUUUUACAUUAAGUCCAGGGAGACAGGAUGUCAGGAAGGCUGGUCUUCAAAGAUAACGCAGGUAGAUGCAUAGUUCACAUUUGAAGAUUUUAAGGGUGUUAUUCUUGAAUUCUUUGAAUGCGUCUUGUUUAGCCAGUUUAGUGUAGUAAGAGAAAAGGUAAAUUUUCUAUUUAGUACAGGUGUGUCCUGUCUCUACAAAAGGUCAGUUAGAGCUAGUUAACUGAGUGUAAUUUAGUAAUUCAAGUGGCAUAAGUUGGUCAUGAUUGGUCAGAAGCUGACCAAUCAUGACCAACUUAUGCCAUCGCUCUGACAAAGGGCUAACACUCGAAAUGUCAGCUUUUUUACCCUUUAUGGUGGCUAAUUUACGUUUUCAACUCCGUUGUUAACACUAAAUUACCUGCUAUGCCCUCCCACUGAUGUAGCACCACAGUUUCUUUAGAAACUUACCCCCUUUAUUCUUAUGCCACUUGAGUCCUGUAGUCAAUAACAUCACAGCUAAAUGAACCAAUCAGUUUAAUCAAAAUGGACCCAGUACAUGCUACUGACAACAAGUAUUUACUUGACUCUGAUGAUAACUUUGCUCAGGUGGUGAAACUUCAGUCUUGACAAUGGACUACACACACUCAUAUGGACAAUCAGAUAACAUGAUUACAAUGAUGUUUAAGUAAUUUUUUGUUCCAGUCUUGCAGAUAACCUCAAAAUUCAUUUAGUACAGCUGAGAAACAACCCACAUGCCUAUUUUUCUCUAACUUCUUUCCUAAUAAGCUUGAAAACCCUGUGCAAAAUUACUUUUCAACCAUGUUUAAGGUUUUAACUUCACUUCUGAACUUGCGUCUUGGUUAUUUUCCAAAAACUGCUUGUAUAUGAAAAUGUGCUAAUGUUUGCUUCCAGGUAUUGAAAGUGACUCUGAUCUGGUGGUCAAGGCACAAGUCUUGGCUGGUGGGCGUGGAAAAGGAACAUUUGAAGGAGGGCUCAAGGGUGGUGUAAGGAUUGUGUUCUCGUAAGUUUUGAAAAUUGUUAAACACACUGUACUUUGUUGUUUUUAUUCUUGGCCUAGUUUUUUUAGCUCAAUGCUCUUCACUAAGAUGCCACAACACAAUGUACUCAUCUAGUAGGUGUAAUUUUUUAACAGGCCAGAUGAAGCUAAAGAAAUGGCAUCAAGGAUGCUUGGUAAAAAGCUCUUUACAAAACAGACUGGAGAGCAGGGUCGAAUAUGCAAUGAUGUGAGCAAAUAUUUUGUUACAGUAUAAAUUGCUUUUAAAAUAGUUGUUCACUUAACAUCACCUAUAAAGAAACAAUAAUGUGUUACAAUGGCAAGCAAAAAAACUUGCAAAUCUUGUUAACAUCUAGUUCCAACUGUAACAACCAUUUUGACUAGUAAACUAGUAAAUCUAGUUAUUCUUGUAGCAGUAAGAUAAGAAAUGCUGCCAUAGAACCCAACAUGUCUAAGCGCAUUGUUGUGAUUUAUCUCUACCUUUGUUUAAUUCAAGAACAUUUUUUAAAGAUUAAUCUAAAUUGCAGGUUUAUAUUUGUGAAAGACUCUAUGCCAGAAGGGAAUACUACUUUGCCAUUGCCUUAGAGAGAGCAUUUAAGGUACUCCAAAUGUUUCUUGAAAUUAAGUGUUAUGUUUUUAUUUUGAUGUUAUUAUCAUGGCAUCAGUGGGAAAACUUUUAGUUUUUCAGGAUUGUGUUGUAUGUUUAAAAUGUGACAUCUGUGAGUCAAAUAAACUUAUGAGACACCACAAACAGCAGAUUCUGAAUUUAGUCCAUUGAUUACCUCACGUGUGCUUUUGUUUCAUCGUCAAUUUUUCAUUCAUGCUGUCUUUGUUUAUUGUUUCAUUUAUUUCCUUGUUUGUUGUUUCAUUCAAUUCUUUCUUUGUUGUUUCAUUUUUUUCUUUCUUUGUUUCUUCAUUAAAAAAUUUGAUUUUUCUCUUUCACCACAUUAUAUUUUAUCUUCCUUGUAUGCAGGGACCUGUUCUGGUUGGUAGCCAGCAAGGAGGAGUUGACAUUGAACAGGUUGCCAAGGAGUCUCCAGAAGCCAUCAUUAAAUUUGGAGUGGAUAUUAUGCAAGGUUUGCAUCAUAUAAUUAUAAUAUUAUGUCAAAAUUAUAUCAAACAUUACGUGUACUGCUGCAGAAUAACAUGAAAUUAAUUAAGGAAUAUCAUGAAACCUUGUAAGAAAAGUGCCUACUCAAUAAAAAAAAUUAUUUAUCAUGAACCCUCAAGAUUGGGAAAAAUCAAACUACAUUGUGUUUCUCAUGUUUGUGAAGAAUUUUGGUCAAAUGUUUACUGAGAUGCAAGUUGAAUGGGCUAAACUGGAAGUAAUUAGGGUGGUGUGUAGUUUUUCUUUUGUCAAAGGAUUGUGAUAAUUUAUUUGUCCACGACAAAGUUAACCCUUUAACUCCCUGAAGUGAUUCACAUGUAACUUUUCCCUACAAUAUCUAUCCACCAUCCAGCAAGCAGGUAAUGAGAAUACUCAAUUGUAUCUGGUAGAAGUAAUACCAAAUUCUUGCAACUAAUUUACAUGGAAUUGUGUAGCAGCAAGAGGGGAGAAUUAACAAUCAGAUCAUGGGAGUUAAAGGGUUAAUUACAUAUCAAACUAUUUUGAAAUUUUACCUUACCUUACAAUAAACAAAUUUUUUUACAUCAUACUGGACUGCCUUGGCAGGGUUUUAAAUAAUUAUGUGGGUUCUUAACAAUUUUUCCCCAGGAUUGUCAAAGUCUGAUGCUCUGGAAUUUGCCAAAAAGAUGGGUUUUAGUGAAAGCUGUGCAGAUCAGGCUGCUGAUUUCAUUGUGCGACUUUAUGAUCUGUUUAUUGAAAAGGAUGCCACACUAAUUGAAAUAAACCCCAUGAGUGAAGAUGUACUAGGAAGAGGUUAGUAUCAAUCAAACUAACUGGAACCUUUCUCUGCAGCCACACUCUGUUAGCAUCACACCAGAAAACCAGCCAUUUUCCCAAAAUUCUCCACUUCCUCAUGUAGUCACUUAAAGGAGGAGCUUGCUCUUAAGGGCAACCUCUUGUGGGCAUUGCAAGCAUUUUUAAAGUUAUUUCUCUUGUUUUUUUCCUAUUCUGAUGUCCUCUAGGCUAUAAUGGGGUAUCACAUGAUCCUUAACCCUUUAACUCCCUCCAAAGAUUGACCAAGAAAGAAUUUCUCCUUACAAUACCAAGACUAUAUCAAGCAGACAAGUGAUGAGAAUAAGAAAAUAUAUCAAUAAGGAGAUUAUAAGUUGAUCCGAUUUACCAAAUUCUCUGAGCUAUCAUCAUAAGAAUUACAUGGCAGACAGUAAGGAGGUUUACUAUGGAAAUCUAGAGAAUGAAAGGGUUAAAUAUGUCACAAACAAAUAUUGUAAAUUUAACACACUACAGUGUGGCUUAGACUUUUUUUUUUAGCCUUCUGUUUUUGAUUUUCUUCUGCACUCAUUCUGAUCUCCUCAAUAUUUACAAAGCAGGAUGAAUACCACAAUGGCCCAUAAUUUGUAAACCACUCCUGUUGGUGAUCAAGAGAGAAUUACUCCUUACCAUAUCAAUACAAUAUCAAGCUGAAAAUUGAUGAGAAUGAAGAAAAGUAUCAAGUAGAGGAUUGUUGGUUGAUCCAAUACCAAACUCUCUAAACUAAUAAAUAGAGAAUUGUAUUGCAGACAGUAAGGAGAAUUACUUAUGAGAUCAUGGAAAUGAGAGGGUUAAACUGGAGUGGUUUGACUUACAAACACUAAAAUGAAGACUUUUUUAAAUAACCUGUAAAAGACACUCGUUUUCUGGGAAAUACCUACCUUUUUUCCUUCACUGUGCAUUUGUACCUGAGUGAAAUUCCAGUUGGAAUAAAAUUUUAAACCCGUUUUUUUCUUGCUUGAAAUACUCAUUUGGGGACAACAAAUGAGGUAAAAUUUGUAUUUGAUGAAGGAUUUUCUUUUUCAGUUGUAUGUAUGGAUGCCAAAGUGCUUUUUGAUGACAAUGCUGAAUUUCGACAACCAGAAGUGUUUCAACUGAAAGAUUGGUCGCAAGAAGACGAGAGGGAAGUAGAAGCAGGAAAAGAAAAUCUGAACUACAUUGGACUUGACGGAAGUAUUGGAUGUCUGGGUAAGUUACAGCUUUUUCUUAUUUAACGGGUGGGAGGUCAAAACUGCGCCCCAGAUCCUGAGUAAGGCCGUACUCAAGACCAAGGGCACAAUUUUAAACCACAUGGACCGAACUAGACUAGUAAACAGCGUAUAUUUAUUUCAUUUCCGUGGGUUUACUUUUUUCAGCCGAGCCGCGAAUGGCGCGGAAAGUAAUUCCGUACCAAGGUCCGUUUUGUAAAAAGCUUAACCCGUGACGGGCGCAUGAUCAGCCAGUCAGAUUCAAGGACUUAAGAUUUUGAAUUACAAUAUUAACCUGGAGCACUAGCGUUAUGUCGUGGUUGUAGGGUGUUUAUUCAACGGUAGCUUUUAUUUCAAAGCCUUCUUAUAUUACUGACAAGAAUUAUGGUAACUCAAUUGUGGGCACUAUGCAAAAUAAAAACUUUUUUUAAGGUCUAACUUCUCGCUUUUCGGCUGAGAUAGAAUCGUAACUGAGUGGCGUGCGAUAUGUGCAACAGUGGUGUAGAUACCAACAUGUAGUUUACCGUACUUGUUUUGUUUGUUUUUUUGUUUGUUUGUUCACAAUGCUCGAAUGAAAGACGUUUCAUCUGAAUGAACGCAGCGUUUUUUUGAGGGCGGCGUCAAAGAGAGUUAGUACGGUAUCAUUUAUAAAUAAUUAUGGCGAUCAAAUGAUAUUUCAUUUAAAUAACGUGAACUCUUUCACUAGUGAAUGGCGCCGGUUUAGCUAUGGCCACUAUGGACAUAAUCAAACUACAUGGUGGUGAGCCCGCAAACUUUUUGGAUGUUGGCGGUGGUGCGACAAUAAAUCAGGUUAUGGCAGCAUUUAAGAUCAUCAGUGACGACAAAAAGGUACGAUUACAUGACCUGCUUGUUCACCAGUAGCUUCUAUAAAUUUUUGUAGGUCGUGAGACCAUCGAAAAAUGGUGAAAAGCGAUUAUUCAGCCAUAAUAUUUUGUGUUUGCAUCAUAACGGUGAUCUAAAAACCCAGAAUAGGCUUUGUUUCCACUGUGAUGACAGGUUUUCUACGAUUAUCAGUUGAGUUAGGCGCGUUGAACGAUGGGGUUUGAAACCCGAAAUUACGGUGUUGUUUUGAAAACUUACACCCCUUACAACGAAUUUGUUUAGGGUACCCCUUAAGCUGGAAAUUAUAGUAACCAAUUGAUCUUUGGAUGGAUUUUAUUUAGGUCCACGCAACUCUUGUGAACAUCUUUGGUGGUAUAAUGCGCUGUGACGUCAUAGCGGAAGGAAUUAUUGCUGCAGCGAGAGAACUGGAACUGAAUAUUCCUAUUGUCGUACGAUUGCAAGGUACUGUCUGCAGUGAUCUUCUUUAACUGAAAGUUAAUCUUUAGGAAUGCAUAUUGAUCUAUACGUUAGUAGGUUUUUCUUCACUUGUUUCUUAGUCCAAGUCAGCUGCAAGAUUGGGGAAGAAUCUAUAAUCUCCUGUCGGUGUAGGAGACCACAACCCCGCCACGACUCUGCGUCGAACCGUGGUGAAGUUGCCAUGGUUGCAUUUUAAUUUGGGUGUACCUUUCCAGCUUGCUUCAUUUGCCUUUGUUGUCCACUGAUUAAAAAGUGAUGGCAGCAGUGCUUUCAGUAAGAUUUGAAGAAGGUGGCUACCUCGGUAAAGCACCCGCCGAAGAAUUCCCCUCUUGUUGUCCCAUUCCAUUCCAUUCAGAAUAGACUGGCUUCAGUCAGAGUUUUCGGUGUUAAACUUCCGUAGAUGAUCAUUAAAUUUUCGUCUCCUUUACACUGAUCGUUUUAUUUCUGAUCAACAUCUUCCAUUUGCUGACAUAAAAGCCUGCUUCCCGAGUUUCACACAAAAAGUCCUCUGAAAGGACACAAGGUGACUGGUUACCGAAAUUUGAUCCAUCGCUCUGCCGAAGGGCUAACGUUCGAAACGUCAGCUUUUUUACCCUUUACGGUGGCUAAUUUACGUUUUCAACUCAGGUGUUAACACUAAAUUACCUGCUAUACUCUCCCACCGACGCAGCAACACAGUUUCUUUAGAGACUUACCCCUUUACCGAAAUUUGAGUCAGAAGAUGUAUGUUCUUGGAAACUCAAAAUUUAUUUUUGCUGGAAAUGUAUGAAAUGUAUGCUGGAACAUAGGAUAAGACAAUGUCAAUCAUUUUUAUCAAAACUCCCCUUAUAAAGGUAAAAGUCGACUGAAAGAACUCUACAAGAUCUCGAGGCGUUUUGGGUCUCACUUCGUGAUUUUGCUUGAAAGCUUCCAUAGUAUGCCCGGCGAUUCACAACAGAAGCCGGAGCCGGACCUCCGGCGGGUGCCAGGUCUUAUUGAAAGCAUUUUGGUGGGGAAAGCAAAAUAACGUUUUGUACGCCUUUUUCAUCACGUCUCAUCCUUCAGAAGCGGAAGAGGUGUCCGUAACUACACUUUUAUGUUUUCACAGGUCUAAUUUACUGAACCUAUAUAUUUCAUAAUUGAAAACCCUCUUCUGAUGAGAUCUAGAUGUGUCCUAUUUGUGUUUACUCGGCAGGAACUCGAGUGGAUGACGCGAAGGCUCUCAUUGCUGCUAGUGGGUUAAGAAUUAUCGCCUGUGAUGACCUUGAAGAAGCUGCUGAAAUGGUAAGAGUCUUCACUUUAAACAUUAAGAGAAGAGCACUACUUUGCAGUGAUUUUACUGAGCUUCAUGAUACGGCAAUAGGAAAUUGCAACUUAUUUGCAAAUCGCUAAUUAUUGGCGUCUUUGUCCAUUUGUUUCCAGGUUGUCCGCCUUUCCAAUAUUGUUGAACUUGCCCGUAGCGUGAAAAUGAGGGUCAAUUUCGAGCUGCCCAUCUAAUAAGAUUUGUCUUACUUUGUUAAAUAGCAUUGUUUGAUAUUGAAUUUAAAGUUCUAUAUUCCACUAAUGCUAAAAGGUUUCAGUAGCUAUAUCUUCUCAGUUUCACUCCCAUGUAAACCGCAUUUGAGGGAUGUCGCACCAAAUUCAUGUUCAAUGACAGAGAAUUGUGAGUAUCAGUUGCAUCUUCUGUAGACCCCUGAAUGCGCUCAUUAGAAGAAGAUACAAUUUUGAAUGCCGAUGUAAUUAUGCAUUUACCCGUUUUAUUAAAGAGCAAAUAUAUUUA